UUUUUUUUUUUUUACUUUUUUCUUUUUCCGUUUUCUUCCCUCUUUAUCAUAUUCCUUAAAAAAAAAAACUUGGAUUAUUUUGAAUGCAGCAUUUAUCUCAAGAAUACGAUUCAAGAUCACUUCAUCAUCCAUCUGUAAAUAAUACAGUUUUUUCAGAUCAAAAUAUGAUUCAACAAAUGGGAGACGAGGAUUCGGAUGAUGAUAGUAGUAAACCGGGCAAAAGAUCAGGAAGAAGAAAAAUCAAGAUAGAGUAUAUUGAAGAUAAGUCAAGAAGACAUAUCACUUUUUCAAAAAGGAAAGCUGGUAUUAUGAAAAAGGCUUAUGAACUCAGUACAUUGACAGGAACUCAAGUAUUAUUAUUGGUAGUCUCUGAAACUGGUCUUGUUUACACAUUUACCACACCGAAAUUACAACCAUUAGUUACAAAACCUGAAGGAAAAAAUUUGAUUCAAGCUUGUUUGAAUGCCCCUGAAGCAACUUCUGGUUCUGAUCAACAUACUGCUCCUCAUCCACCUACAUCACCCAAACCAAAUCAAACUAGUGCAACCAAUAUGAUCAAAUCAGAACCAUACUCCUCAUCUCUACAUCAUCAUGGAUCAAAUAAUGUAUAUUCUCAACAACAACAACAACGAGACAACAAGGUCCCGUUAUCGCAAACAUCGAGUUACCAUCAUACGUCAACAAAUGAAUCUUACUCUCAGCAACAAAGUUAUCAUCAACAACAGCAUCCUCAUCAUCAACCUCAUUCUUAUGGUCCUCCUUCCACCCCUUAUCCAUCAUCUUACGAUACAAAUCAUACUUAUCCUUCUUAUUCAAAUAACAAUCAUUCUUCUUAUUUACAUCCCCAAGGUAGCCAUUCAUCCUUUUAACUCAAUAAAUAAAAACAUUCGAACAAUUAUUUUUUUUUUGUAUGAUUUA